UAAGGCAGGGACGCGCAUGCGCAGUACCAUGUCUCGAUAUCCUGCGCUAUGGCUUCGGCAUGCGUAUGCUGGACUGCUCAAGGACACGCCCUCCUAUACACAGCACAGCUUCGUCCAUGCCAGUACUAUUGUAUUGUUGAAAGUAGACGGCUGCACAGUUCGCAUACUUGGACGUAUACGACUAUGGCUGAGGAAAGAGCACGUCGACGGUACUUGAUGCUGCCGGGCGGGAGCUUCCAAGUGGUCGAAGACGACGACAGAGUGGACAUGCAACUACAGCCGCCGACAGAGACGCCAGAAGUAGCAAGGCCAGUGCUUACGACUACAUGUGGUAGCGGUGACACGUCCGUGCCGGGCACGAGCAGUGCCCCAAUUCAUCAGCAGAAUCCAUGGAUCCCUGCCGGCACAGUGAAUGUCCAACCAAACAUCGCAUACGGGCGCGCGGGUAUGUCUCAAUCCAGAAUCGCCGGUUCCCCGCUUCCCGGCAGUAGCAGCAGUAAGUCUUUCACUCCUAUCCAAGGUAAAAGACGUCCGCAAACGGAGGGAGCAUCGAUGAAGAGAGCGAGGACUGCGUCUGCCCCGCUGACUGUGCAACGCCACCCUUCUGAAGGCGCAGCUCCCCCUUACGUGGCUGCACACCCGACCAUAAUCGAAAGUAGCCCUCUCACAGUGCCGUCGUCCUUCUCCAGUACAUCACGCGCGGCCACGGUGGAAACCAUGCGGGCAUACGACCUGAGGAUUCCUGACGUAAACAUCAAUGCACAACGGAACGCUACUAACUAUCAGGACGACGGCGAAGCCUCCCACUGUGAGCGUACGCAGAUGGCCGGAAGCAAGACCUCUCCGCAUCAUCCAAUGUCCAGCAGCUACUCCUGCGAUGAAGCAGUCCCCAGCACAAGCCAUGCGGUCUUGGAGGCAGCUGCAUCCGCGGGGAACAACGCCAGCCAGCCUCGAGAAAGCGCUGAAACAUCGAACCAACCCCAAAGAAACCCGCUCGAGAACAUAACCUGGGUAUGCCCUUUCUGCGCGGAGAAAUUUAACUAUUCCACCGACCUCAUCAAGCAUUGGGACCACACCAUGGUCAAUGGAAAACAUCUGUGCCGUUCAUGCGGAGAGUUGUUCAUGCGGCCUUCCGAUUUCAAAAGCCAUUACGUAAAUCACACCUGCAAAAAGCCUUAG